AUGGCCGACCAAGCCACCUCCGCCGGCCCCUCCAUUGCCGAGAGUAUGGAUGCGGCCAUCGCUUCCUUCUUCGCUUCACACAAUCCUGUCACCUAUCUACUACUUGCCAUCAUCACCAUAAUCCUAGUCUACCCACUCUUCACGUCUUCUGACCCGGAUAUACAUCCGUUCCUGCUCGCACGGCAGUCAUCGGCGGCCCCAAUCCGCAACCCUGGCGAGUCUUCCGUCUACCGAGCCUUGGAUGUCCCACAUGGCUAUCCUCUGAAGGCAAGUCUGGGGGUCAAGGACCCUGGCGCUCCGAAGUGGACGUCUGGGAGACAAGGGGACCUGAGGGACGUCCUUGCCAGGGCAGUACGAGGCCCACCUGCCCAGGAUGGGAGCGGCUACGAUGCCACCAAGGUUGGUAAGGUAUUCACGCUGCUUGGCAAGGACAAAUCCACCCCUACAGAAAUGGCCGAGGUCAUGCGCAUCGUCAAUGCCAUUGGUGGCUUCACCAAGGGGAAAGUAAGCGGUGAUGGCAAAGUAGCAGUAUGCCUGAGCAACAGCCUCGAAUUGUUGGCGGCUAUCUUCGCUGCCGCUUUCUACGACUUCUCUGUCACGCUCAUUCCCUCUGGUUUGCCGCAGGAGCUCGUCGACCAUCUCCUCACGCAAAUCGACGUUCACGUCCUCGUGGCUGAGGCUGGCGCGCUAGACCUUGACACCGCGCUGCCCAACUGCAAGUCUUUAAAACAGGUCAUCCUCCUCGCCAAGCCCGACAACAAGCACAUGGCCUGGGACGAAACCCCUAUGCCCUCCGGCGUAGAAGUCGCCACCUGGCAUGACAUUCUCGACCAGUCCUCCGCCACCAAUGAAGUCCCCACCAUCGAGAAGGACGCCGCCAAACCCAAGCCUCUUGGAACUUUCUUCAUGAACUCCGCCGGCGAACUAGAGCUCUCAGAGCUUUCUUCUGAAAACCUCGUCUCCGGCACCGCCGGCCUCCUCUCCACUCUCCCACGCACCGGCCCCCUCUCCCCUACCGACACCCUCCUUCCCACCACCCAUCUCAGCCAGCCCUACACGCUCUGUUGGGCCCUCGCCGCCCUCUAUAGCAACGCCUCUCUCGCCCUCACCUCCGUCUCAGGCCCCCGCGUGGACCUCUUCGCCGCCCUCGCUUCCUUCAAGCCCACCAUCCUCGUCACCGCCCCCGGCACCCUCAACAAAUACCUGCACAACUGGACGCACACCGGUCUUGGCCCCGGCCGCAUCUCCCGCUUCUGGCAGCGCCGCUCCCUGCGCGCGGGCAUCAUGCCGAAGCGCAAGCCCGUCCCCGAUCUGAAUGCGCAAGAAGUCGUGUUUCUCAUCGUCGACCUGCAGAGCCUGGCGCAGGUGCGCGCUGUGUUUGUGGGGCAGGAGGUUGAGGGGCCCGUAGGCUCAGCUGCGCCUGAGGACCGUCUGAGCUCAAAGGCGGCGGACGAGCUGCGCGUGGACUUGGGCCUGCGUAUUUCGACCGCGUUGGUGGAUGGGCGCGUCGCGGGCGCGGUGGCGCAGUCAAAUCUGCUGGAUUAUCGGGCAAAGAACGCGGGUGAAGUGUGCGUAGGUCCGCCCGUGGGGAGCGUGGAGGUGUGGGUUAAGGGCGAGGAGGAGGCGAUGGGAGGGCCGACGCCUGCUGGGAAGAUUAUGGUCAAGGGGCCGGCGGUCGUGGCCGGCACGGUGGAGCUGGGUGCGCGGGCCAGAGUUGAUACUGAUCAUACAUUGGUUCUGCAGUAG